CACACACACACACACACACAGCAUGAGCCAGUUGCCAUCCUCGCCGGAUGACACUCGCCUGACCAGCCCGCCGGUCAACAGUCAAGUUUUCUAUGCCACCCUGGCGAGCAUCCCACCGGCCCCCACGCGCUCGGCCGCGUCCGAUCUGUCAAUCGCGGCUACCGGAUCCGACACGGCCUUCGAACAGCGCGCCCUCAACCGAUACAUCAUGUUGGACAAUAUUUCUCGAUCCGAGCGCAUCGGGCAUGGGCUGCGCGCCGAAGUCGAGGCAUCCGGGGCGGAGACCUUCGCCGAGCGGCGUCAGGCCGGCCGGCGUCUCCGCCGCCGCGCGGCCAUCGUCUCGGCCAAGCGCGCUCGCGCCGAGGGGUGGUUCAGCGUCAGCCCCCGUGGCGACGCGGCUGCCUUUGCGCGGAUCGUGGCACUCCACAGCCUCUGGCAGGACUACAUGCGUGCAGUGUUGUUGAAUGACUCGAACUCCAGCUCCAUCUCCGUGAAGAUCCUCAAGGCCGACUGGCAAGGAUCCAUCGUAUCCGUCGUGCAAUCCAAGUCACCGACACUUGUCGGCAAGUCCGGCAUCGUUGUCCGGGAAACCGCCAAAACCUUCGAACUUGCCGAGCCCUACUAUCCCGGUGGAACCGAGCUGCCGGGGGAUACUUCGGCCUCCGGAGAGGGCGGUCUUCUGGCAUCCGGCGAGCUGCCUUCCUACCGGCUGGUGCGUGUUCCCAAGCGCGGGGCGGUUUUUUCGAUGACCGUCCCCGGGUCCGGCGCGUCUCGUGUUCUGCCCGGCACACCGCCGACCGACGGUAAAUCGUCCGCCACCGGGCCCGAGGGUCGGCAGCCUCAGCCCGGGAGAUCGGCCCCCGGGACAGGCUCCCCUCCGUUGGACCUCACGCCUGGCAGGGGCCUCUGGGAGGUGACCAUCUACGGGGACCAGGUGUGUUGCCGAGCGGCCGAGCGGUCAACGCGCAAGUUCAAGGGCCAAUCUUCCAUCCGGCUGUAGGUGCCCUUGCCCAACGCGCUGGCUAUUUUUCCUCGUGUCCCUAUGUCUCUCUCUCCCCUCCUCCCCUGGUGUGGAAAGUCCAAAUACAAAAACCAUUCUCUC